AUGUUUGAGGAGUGCCUACAACUGUGUCUCGAAUUUAUCGGCGCUCAGGCGCCAUGCGUCGGCUGCUCCUCCGCUCAGCUGAGCGAAUUCAUCUGCGAAGACGUCCUCCCGUAUCAAGGCUGGGUCGCUAACGAUACCCUUCGAGACACUAUCGUGCGACUCUUGCUGACCACGCAGGGCAGCGAGUUCGAUGUGUGCGCACUGACGGCGAAGGACGAGAUAGAAACCUCAUGUGCGGAGAGGGUGGACGUGGCUGUCAGCGCCCCGGGCAGCCGCCAAGGGCGAGGCAGACGGAGGGCUAUGCCCGCACCUGCUGUCUCAAACACGAGUCCACAAGGGCGUCGAGUGUCAGCUGAGGAGGCCGUUGUGCUGCUGGACUUGGGCAGAAUUGUGUGGACUGAGAAGGAGAAAUGUGUGAGUUGCGACCAGCGCGGCGCAUCAGGGCAGGAUCGGCCUCAGGCCUUUCCCUCACCCAGGCGGGAUGGUGGCCCCAACACGCUGCUCUUCUUCACCCCGUCGCACGCUCUGCGGGAGCGUGUCAUGGGGUUUUCUAUCACGAAUGAGAAGCUGGAGAUGGUAUCCAGCUUCAUCGCGGAGAACGCUGUGCUUGGCUGGGAUCGAUUGCCCAGCACGCCGGCGUUCAAAGCGCGGUACAAGAACUACCUCGUCGGCAGUGGCCUCAAGUGGCUGAGGCGAAUGCACAAGGUGACGCUCGUUUAUAUGUACCACGAGCCGUCGCGCGGGGUUGUCUAUCGAUUCUUCCCCCACUUUGCGCUGCCACUAACGGAGCGGGAGAAAAAGGGGCAUUUAACGUGGGUGGCAGGGGCGGGGAGCGACGGCCGCGCUCCGUCACCUUCCCGCGAAGACGAGCAGCUGUACGGGGAGUGGGGCCGUGAUAGCGGUGUCUGCGAUGGUAGGGCGCUUAGUGCGACUGCAUCCACAGCGUCCGCGCCGUUGCUGCAGCAGCGCUGCACCUGCCGCAGUCACUACCCCCUCCAUCACUACUAUGCCCGCAAGCGCCGUCAAGAGGCGGCCUUCCCUGGCGUGGCGUUCGAUCUGCAGCUGGUGCGCCAGCUCGUUCAGCAGUCCCCGGAGCGCCGGCUUCUCAUGCAGGAUGCCGUGCACGCCAUCCUUGCCGCCCACGGUCUCUUUCUCACCCGCUGGGAGGACUUCUCGCGGACUGAGCGGAUGCAUCUGCGACGCCUUAUGAGCGUGGCGGGACUCAGCAUCGUGGUCGCCUCCGUUACCCUGCGUGGCCAUCUGCGUGAGCUGCGUAUAGUGAUCCCUUCCGAGGACCUUGUACAGCAGGUGUACGCCGUACCGUUACCUGCAUCUCCGUCAGAGACUUCCUCCACCUCUGUGAGGCCACGAGCACGCGUUCGCGAUGGAGUGGAGGGCGGCGAGGACAAGGCGGAAAAGAUGCAGAGUCUUCAUCUGAACGGUAGUGAUGGGGACAACGACGAUGCGGAGGACGUCCAUGAUGGCGACACCAACUGCAGGGAUGAAGCCGCACUGCGGAGGAAGGUGGUUUCCGCACCUGUGAUCCUUCGGGCAGACCGCGAGCUUGGUCACGGUGGCGCGGCUGAGGAGCUCGACUUUGAUGAUCAUGAGGGGGAUGGCUCCAGGGAUAGCACCAGCGGCGAGGACGACGAUGAGCAGGGUGAUCGGACUCAAAGCCACGCCGCGGCGCCGUUCUCACACCCGUCGACUAGACACCAGCAGAUGGAGGCAGUGGCGGUGCUUCGUGCUGAGCCCAACCAAGCACUAGAACUACAGGCUGCCCACGAAGCGGAGCGACGCCCGCUGUCACUCACCGCCGCCGUGCCGCGUGUUCAGUUUCACAUGCCAUACAAACAACGGAGCAAAGCCCUCGGUGCCUUCCUUGAGAGGUACGCGAAGAUGCGAGGCACGUUGGUAACGCAGUAUCUGUUGCUGCGGCACACCAAAGUGUUCACACUCGUGUACGCGCCACGGCCACCAACGGGGCUGCUCGCGCAAGGCCCGCAUCCUGUGGAGGCCACUGCUGCGACUGUAGUAAAGGGAGAAGAAGUGGACGACUCAUUCCGUGCGAGUGAGGGUGUUGCAGCUGCCACAGCGGCGGACACGGCAGUAGUAGCAGCAGAGGUAGCGCUGCCUCUGCUGCCGCCUCGCACGCUUCACUUCGAAUCCAGUGAUCCACGGCUUCCCAAAGGCCUGUCGGCCUAUUCAGUCAACACGGUGCUGGACGUGCUUCUGCAGGCUGCACCACACUACGCGGCGUCGGUGCCCAGGCUGAUGCAGAGCAUCGACGUCUCCACCCUAAAUCGGCGCGUCCUACCGUUCCUGCGCCACCUCAAAUAUGUCCACACCACCGCCGUCGCCCAGCGUGGGCGGAAGCAUGUGGGGCUGGUGGUGCUGCUGCCCGCGGAGGGAGAGACGCGCCCCAGUACGCUCAGCGAUGCAGCGAAGCAGGCUGUGCUGGACGCUGAGGCUGCUGUCAGUGCUGAGUUCACGAGGAAGAGUGCACGGCAGCCAGUGCUGCCGUCAGCGGCGAGCGGUAAGUCGAUUCCCUCGGACAUGAUGCUGCAGAGCCUCCCGGCUGUGAUGAAAGGCGCCUGUCGCUCCACGCUGGGUGAGCGUCUCGUCGAGGUGCACCCCGCAGCCACGAAGGCGGUGAAUCGCGUCAUGGCAGUGCGCAACGGCUACGCGCGGAGCUUGGUGCAGCGCAUGUCGCGACUUCACCUCGAGCUUUGGCACCAGCACUACCGCUAUCCCCCCGACAGUGCGGCAGGGGGUGCUGGCGGCGUACGUGUGCGGGAAAUGUACACCCGCAUGUCCCUUAGCACGUUUGUCGUCGUCGUGGGUCUUCCUCAGGCCGACCUCGGGCGUGUGCUCGGCCGUGCUGAUGGUGUGUGCGACUGGUCGACACCUCUCCGGGAUCUCCCGCCCAGUGUUUACGGAUGGUGUGUGCAGCGGGGAACGCAGACGCUGUUCGCGUGUCUGCAGGGGCUGUACGACCGUCAGCUCAUCCGCUCACCGCAGUGCGGCUUCAACAGCUUCUCUUCUGAGGCAUGCGACGACGUCGUCUACGCGCUAGAGCCGCAGUGCACCGUGGAUGGCUACACGCAUUACUUCAUGUCUGCCCCGCCCACCGCUGCUGCGUCGCUGUACGCGUGCAUGCGCUACUGGCUUCCGUUCUGGAGCGCGGUAGGGCGGACACCGCACAGGCUCUCGUCGCAACUUCUGGCACUAGAGUCGAAUGCUGCCGUAGUGCAGGUGGUGGCACUCUCCAAGUUUCUGCGACAGGACCCCAGCUUCCUGGCAGCGCAGCUCUACCAAAGCAGUGGGUUGCCGCUAGAGUCGCGGCGUAGCACCAGCCUUGGUGACGUCGCUGCCGACGCGGUGAGACGUGGGGCAGAUCGGCGAGGCGUACCUGGCCGAAGCAGCGUCUCUUCCUCUGCUUCCCUGUUUGCACCCAAACGUCACGGCUGUGGCGAUGACAGCGACAACACCUCCCCAGCGGCGACGACGGCAGCCGGCGGCCAUCACGUUUCGGAACAGCGUCCCCACAAGGCGCCCCGCACAGAGAUCAGUGGCCCCACCGUCGCCGAGGCGCUGGAGUCUGCAUUCCACCACUUCGCACCUCUCAGGCGCGUCAAGGAGGUGGUGCGUCUCGUGCUGCGCGGUCGCAGCGUGCACCUCUCUCACCAUCCGCUUUUCUGUGUACCAGCAACGCUGCCAGCAGUGCGAGUUCUGCGGCACGGAGGUGUGAAGGCCAGCGACUCGCUUCUUCACCCCUCCAGUGGUGGUGGUUGCAGAGGAACGGGGACGCCUACGGAAUUCAAUAUGACGAACUCUGGACAGGGCGGCGGUGCGUACAAUCGACUAGUGAGCACGUCGACGACGCACAUGGCAGUGCUGGCAGAGACGCUGUGCGCCGUGCGGGGCUCGAACGCCGCUCAUAGAGCGUGCCAGCUGCGGCACUCCUCGUCUACGGAGGAGCUUUGUGAAGAGGUGGAGAGUGUUUACGCGCCACAGGCGGCGGCUUCUACCGCUGCUGUUGCCACCGCCGAUUUCGCACUCGCGCAUUCUUGCGCCGCCUCGGCGCCUCUGUCGCUACCUCAACUCUCGUUGCUCCCGUCUCCGCAAGCGACGGAGAUGCGCUUGUCUCCUCCUUCGACGCAGCAGUCACAGCUGCGAUUGAUGGAGGCCGGCUUCGAGGUGGCCGCCGACAUCCUGCGCAUGAUUGUCUUCUGUGACCAGGCCCACUACCGCGCCAGUGUCGCGCGGUCACUCUUGACGGCGUUUAACACGCCCUGGCUGGUGUCGCGUGCGCGCGCAUUUUUGCAGCGACUGCCAGUAUUUCGCCGAGCACGGCAGCAGAACGUCCGCGUGCCGCAGUUGUCGUUGGCGCAUAGCCCGUACAUUCUGCCACUCAACGCACUGCGCACUGCACCACACCCGUGCGCAAAUAUGGCGGUGCUGCACCAGUGGGUGCAGGAGGCGGAUACUCUGAGCGGUGCAGUGACUGGAGGCCGCGAGAGCCCUACAAUGCUGUGGGCCCACGGGGAGAUGAACUCGCUCCUCGCAUCGGGUGCGCAGGAGCCCUUGCAGUCCACCCAGCCGCCGCCGCUGGAGCUCCUUCAUCAGCCUUCAAUGGACCAAGCGUACAUGUCGAUGGCAAUGAAUGCAGUGCGAGAGAGGAUGACGCGACUUCCCUUGCCGCAGUUGGCGUGGCCGGCAGAUGCUGUCGCGUGCGAAGGGCUCCGGCGGCGGCGCCCUGACAGCGCAGAGGGAGCCGAGGCCAAUGUGACUGGUGUGGUAGUCGGGACCGUCGCGGCACGGCGUGCUCGUCCGCAUCGCAAGCGGCGGCGCUCUUCCGCUGCGAGGGGCAGCAAAGAGGCAUCAAACGGUGAGGAGGAUACGGACAAUAGCAACGACAGCAGCGACGACGGGGACAGCGUUGCUGUGGCCCGCGCAGAGGUCGAAGCGGCUCGUCAGCUGUACCCAGCCCGUACAAUUCGCAACUAUGGAGACCCGCCGUACCUACAGAAUAUUCCCAUCGACGGCCCUCCAACCGCGGCGGAGCAGCGCGCUGUUGAGGCGUGCUACGAGGCGCUCCGCAGCGGUGCAUUCGCACCAUUUUCGCCUCUCAGCCCGCUCCACAACGGCAGCCACACACCUGAGGGGUGUAGUCUGAUCCCGUACCCUAGCAUCUUCCAUCAUGUGGACGGGAGUUGGCACUCGUACAUGUGGCAUCUCGUGGUGCACACUGUCUACCGCUACAUCUUGUGUGUGCCAGGGAUUCGCCACGCCGAUCUGGAGGGCCGGCUGAUGGCGAGCGGUGUGGUGAGCCAGCGAGCACUGUGGGCGGUUCUGCGGUUUUUGAUGGACCGUCGGCUUCUGCUGUGCCACGAGGAAGAACUCGCGCAGCCCCUCUGCACCCCAGGCGGUGGUGCACUCGGCGACCCGCCGCGGCUGCGCAGCCCAUUCCAGCUGCGCAAGCCCUCCAGGCCUGACGCCGCGCCGUCGCUGCCGUCGUCCCUGUCGGCACCUAUUGGCGAGCUCCAGUUUACAAACCGGCAGAGGGGCGGCGCUCCAGGCAAUUGCUGCUAUCAUCCUACAAUACCGUUAGAGGGGCUGCGCCUCGUCAUGUCUCCGCGUCUGCUCAAUCCGCUGCUUCCAUGA